AGCACGUGGCCGCCACGUCACUCGGAUCUCAGCACCCUGGACAGCAGCCACAGUCCGUCAGCUCACCGCCCACCAGGAUGGAGCUCAUCUCUGCUCAGCUACACCCACCGAUCAGGCUGCCUUCAUGCAAAACUGUGGCUCACACAUACACAGAAGUUUGUGUUUUGUAGCCGGAGAACCAUUCUGGAAGGGGGUAAAAAAAAAACAACAACAAACAUCCGGCAUCCUGUAGGAUUAUGAGGAAGGAGAUGAACCGAUCCAGGCGCAUCUCUCCAAGCUACCAUGUGAAGUGGCACUUUAUUGUCCCGGUGAUUUCCGGAGGCCUUGAUGUGAUUCGGUGAGGAAGAGGAUGAAGAUGACGGCGUGCAGUUGUUUUUAGCAGCCUCCUGUCGGCUCUCGGUGUUUUUGGUGUAUGUGUUCGCACGAAUCCAUAUCUGGCAUCCUCUCGCUCUUCCUGCUCUGUGGCGCAGAGAUGGAUGGAAAAAGAAGUGGCAUUGCAAGUUGUCAUGAGGUGGAUUUUUAUUGUGCGCCUGAUCCGAUGUUUUAGGAUCUGACAUAGCUGGACUGGAACUUUGUAAGGAGGUAAAGAUGUGGGACGAAGCCUGCUCGAUCUGUCAGAGGAAUAAAGAACAAAACAAGCUCCGAUGAAGAUGAACUGAUGGAUGCCACUACGAGACAACAAAGGAUACACGCUUGUCACCUCGGGUAAUUUCACCUCCCUGUAGGUAUAGGCUGAAUGAGAAACUGGAAUAUAAAUCGGAUUUGACUUAGUUGUUAAUAGGAUUUGAUACCAACCCCCCCAUCAGAUACCCUGGCUGUGUUUUUUAUUUUUAUUUUGUGCGCCUGGGAACAUUUAGUGGCAAACACAUUGGUCAAUUAAAACCUCCAAACACUCUCCAAACUGAGGAUGAAGGGUGAUGGAGAGGAUGCUGCUGCUGGACCACUCUGUGUUGGAGCCUUUAGAGUUCGUGGCUCUCAGCCUCCAUUGAAUCCUGAAAGAAAACGCCUCUAUCCAUGAAAAAUAAUCCUUCCCCAUUGGCUGGAUGGCGGUGCACAUGCUAUAACAACAGGAUAUGCAAAGAGCUAUGGGCUGAUCUAAUAGCCUAUCAUGUUUUUCGUGUGCUUUCUCGAAGGAGAUCAGUGUUUUAUUCACUAGGAAGUGACCUGUCUGUUUGAAUCACAUGCCCACAUAAUAAUAAUAAUAACAAUAAUAAUAAUAAUAAUAAUGUGAUGGACCUGCCACAGUCUCGCUGAAGGCUGCUUGCUUUCACAGAGCACUUGCUGCCUGUGUAGUAAAAGAGCUGCUCAAGAAUGUUCAAGUAUCGGAUCCGCAUGUUUUUCAAUGAACUCAAAGUGUUGCUACUGAUGCGCUCCGGAUCCAGCAGGAGGACUGACACCGGCACCGACCCGGACACGCAGCCCCGGAUGAGGGGACUCGCGAUCGGAGGCUGCGGUUGGCCUCAGCUGAGCUGCUCUCACCGGGACGACGAGGAGGAAUAUUACGGCUCCGACCCGCGGCCCCGCAGCCUGGCGUUUGAGGAGAAAGAAGGAGCCAAACCGCAGGGAGGAGGAGGAGAAGAAGCGGGAGGAGCCGGAGGAGGCCUGGACGCUGCGUCCCUGCCGAGUCUCUCCGAGAGCGGGAUGCGAUCGCCGCAGUGCCGGAUCUGCUUCCAGGGGCCGGAGAAGGGGGAGUUAUUGAGCCCUUGUCGCUGUGAUGGCUCCGUUCGCUGCACUCACCAGUCCUGCCUUAUCCGCUGGAUCAGUGAGAGAGGCUCCUGGAGCUGUGAGCUCUGCUACUUCAAGUACCAGGUUCUGGCCAUUAGCACCAAAAACCCUCUGCAGUGGCAGGCCAUCUCUCUGACUGUGAUUGAGAAGGUGCAGAUUGCAGCCAUUAUCCUGGGCUCUUUGUUCCUCAUUGCAAGUAUUUCCUGGUUGGUGUGGUCGUCUCUCAGCCCCUCAGCCAAAUGGCAGCGACAGGACCUUCUCUUCCAGAUCUGCUACGGCAUGUACGGCUUCAUGGACAUAGUUUGUAUAGGCCUUAUAAUCCAUGAAGGGUCAUCUGUUUACCGGAUCUUUAAGCGCUGGCAGGCCGUCAACCAGCAGUGGAAAGUAUUGAAUUAUGAGAAAGCGAAGGACUUGGGUGACCCCAUCAGUUCCAACAGUAAAGGUGUUGGUCGUGUUGAGAGGAACUCUUCUCACAGCGGCACAGACGGCAGCCGGAGGGCGAGUCGCCACGUCAGGACUAUUCUCCACCACCACUGUGGCUAUACUAUUUUGCACAUCCUCAGCCAGCUGAGACCCAACAACCUGCACAGCAACAACCAUGAGGUGGUCAUGAGAGUGACGACCGUAUGAGGCCGACUAAAGCAGACAAAAGUGCUGCAAUGUUUGAAGAAAAGUGUUGACUGAAGUUUAGUACAAAAAGAAUUGUAAUCUGCCAUAUAAACACUGCCGUGAACUUGUAGUCUUGUAUUUUGCUCUCAGAUUCUCCCUGAGCUAAGAACAAUUAUGUAUUUCUAAGAUUUGGGAAAAAGAGAACAUUACAGUUUUAUCUUCAAAUAAAAAGACUGUGAAACAUUAAGAAAAAAAUACAUUUUGAAAAAGACAAAGCUUUGAUUCUUAAAGCUAAUUGCCUUUUUUUUUUUUGAACCACCGUGACCAAUGUUUUGAAAUGUAACUGAAAAGACUUUUGUUUUACUUUCUGAAGAAAAAAAAAUUAUCGUUGUUUGAUCUGGAUUUGACUUUAUGAGAGACAGUUUGAUGGUGAUAAUGACUGUGCUCCUGUGUGACCAUCAUAACAAAGGUCCCCCCAAUUUUCCCACGUAUUCCUGAGGGUUCGUCAUGAUCUGAUUCAUCUGAGCUGUUGUCACUUGAAGCAGCACUGUUGGGUCAGAUAUUAAAAAGUCCUAUUUAAAGUUUGAGAUGUGACACAAUUGCUGAAAAUGUAUAUCAUUCAUGUUUUGUAAUAAAGAUUUGGUUGAUCUGAGUAGAAAA